CUAAAGAAACAAGAGACUUCCAAACAAGUUAGCCUCUUCGACAAUUCCUCUACCUUUGUGACACAACUUUUGUAUAUAUCACUUGGAGCACUGAGUGGUUUGCUUCUUAUUGGGACAAUAUGGGAUUUUUUUAUCAGAAGAAAACCUAAAAAAGAUAAGGAUACCUCAGAAGGUAAGUUUGAAAAGAUACUGCGAAUUUGUAAAUACAGCAACUGUAUGUGAAAAGUGAGGUCUAAAAUAUUUUUGCCAAAUAUAUUAUUGAUUCCUGAGAAAUGCACUAGUGGGAAGAGGAUGCUAUGCAGCUGUGGAGUGAAUGUGAGUCAGGAGACCAGUAUGAUAUGAAGAAUUAGGCAGAUCGAUGAGGGUAUUAUAAGCUGAAAGCCGUAUACAAUUAUAAACGUUUUAUAAUUCAUUCAAAGUAUUUUAUACCCCGAUCGAUCAUUUUGCCUGUUUCUCGCCAAAUUUAAGAUGCAAAGCGAUGUUUAGUCUAACAGAUCUUCGAAUAGCAGUUGCCACCCAUCCAUUUAUAUUUUUGCCUUUUCUGCCAUGUCGAAAGGCAGCAGUUUUUCGCAUUUUCUUCUGGACAAAAUGUUUGAAAUUUCCCUCCCUUUUUUCCAACUCUAGUGGAGCUAACACCCUCGGCCCAGGGCUUCUCCGUUAUCGUGCCUUUUCUGUCGAUCGCAGGAGUCGCUCAAAUUUGGUCAACGCGUGUUUGUUAUGAAUGGGCUGGGGAACCUAAGCCAAUUCGAAACGGGAAAUAUUUUGAAUAAAUAAUUUGUAUUAAUUUAUGAUGAAGAGACAUGGUGCUGCCGAGAGCCGUGUGCCAUCUAUGAGAAUGGCCACAAAGACUUUAAUUACGGCAAACCAUUCUCCAUGCUUUAAUUCGAGCACGUGAUGAACAUAUAUAUGUACUACUUUAAGCUAUUUUUUGCGCGCAGAGUGUUAGAUCCUACAUAUUUGCCACCCUGAAGCACUUUUAUGGCACAGUUUUUACUAAGAAACAUAUCUGUUCUUAAACAAACAAAGCUAAAUGGCCAAAUAUGGGGUGAUUCGCCUGGCAUUACUUCACGAAGUUUAGCGCAAUACGCAAUGCUAUUCUCAUUUCAUGACAAGUAAUAUCAUGCAUAUUUUUCAUUUUCAGUGGGACGUAUAAACGGAGCGUUUGCUUUGUCGUCAGGAAAAGAAACUAUUUGCCGUGAUGUGGAGGCCGCAAGGAUACUUUUUAGGCAAAUGGAUGAACACUUGAGCAAACUUGAAACCAAAGUUUCGAUGCUUUUAUAG